CAGAGUGUCUUCCAGUUUUUAGUCUUGCGAUCUCGGACACGGUCGCCGAUGCUAAUCGUCCAGUCCUAAACAUUUCCGAUCGCAGCCCAAUCAUCGGAUGUCUACGGCUGCGCCAUCCUUACAAGCUUUUCAAGGUGCUCUCUGUUGGUGUGUAACGUUAGCUGAGGAGGAAGUCGAGUCGAAUGGAUAAAGUCAAAGAGAAAGCUGACUCUCUGCCAAUUCCUACGUGGGCAUGGGGAGCGAUUGGUGCAUCCGUUCUAGUGCUUGUUGUUGUCUUUACUUGCUGUUGCUGUUGCUGUUGCAAAUGGAAGAGGAAGUCAAAGAAAGACAAGACAACCAAACGGCUUCCUAAACAGCAAGUCGACUUGAAAGCUUUCAAGAGAGAAAUGUUGGAGUCGACGGCUCAACAAGUUCAGCCGUUGCCUGAAACAUUUCCCACUAGAAAAUCGACAACUUUUCCUCGUGUGACGUCGUCUACUUCUCGUUAUGAGUUUGGUAGGAGAGGAUCUGCACUCAGUUGUAGUCCUGUAGACACUUCACAUAGAUCAUUAUCAAAACAACUUUCGUUGGACGUUCAAAUGUACAGUGAUGAUGGCAGCAGUGUGGAUGGUAAAGCUAGUGGAGUCAACGAAUCUCCAGUUGGAAAAAUCCGAUUUUCUGUCGACUAUGAUUUUACACUGAGAGAUCUACGCGUUGGUGUUAUCGAAUGUAAAGACCUGGCCGCCAAAGAUUUUGGUGGUUCAUCUGAUCCUUACGUUAAGGUGUAUGUUCUUCCAAACAAGAGACUUAAACAUCAAACAAAAGUACAUAAGAAGACUUUGAAUCCUCAUUUCAAUGAGACGUUUGUGUUUCAUGAUAUUGAGUUUAAGUCGAUACGAGAUCGCUCGGUGUACUUUGAAGUCAUCGAUUUUGAUCAAUUUUCUAAGCAUGACAUGAUUGGUGUGUUUGAUCUUCCUCUGGAAAACGUUGACCUUGCCAGAACGACAGAAAUGUGGGAAGACCUGAAGCCACCAGGAAAGAAGUUGAGUUCAGAUUUAGGAGAGAUCUUGUUUGCAUUGUGUUACCUUCCAACUGCUGGUCGACUGAAUGUUGUCAUUAUGAAGGCUCGAAAUCUCAAAGCUAUGGACAUCACAGGGAAAUCAGAUCCAUAUGCCAAGGUGUCAAUCUUAAUCGAUGGCAAACGUGUGAAAAAGAAAAAAACUGUUGUGAGGAAAAACACGCUGAGUCCUGUUUGGAAUGAGUCCUUCCAGUUUGACUUACCCACAGACAAAGUGAACAACGCAGUUGCCGUGAUUAGUGUUAUUGACUAUGAUGCACUCAGUCGUAACGAUGGUAUUGGUCAAGUGGAGGUAGGGUCUGCAUGCAAGGCAUUAGGAGGUCAGCACUGGCGUGACAUGUUGUCAUCACCACGACGACAGAUUGCUCAGUGGCAUUCCUUGGUGGCUUACACUGGUUUUCGUCAAAAGUAGUAAAGACACGCAUGUUAGAUUUGAGUAGCUUAAUUAAUUACAACUGAAAAUAUUGUGAUUAUAUAGAAUAAGUCGGUUUUGGAUAAGAUUGAAAAUAGAAAUGUUUGAUUGUGUUUGCA